CAGAAAUGACUAUAUUCAAAUACUAUGUUUUAUACAUUAAACAUAUGGAUGAUUUAAGUGUUUUUUCUAUGAAGAUAAUAAAUGACAGUAGCUUAUCAUUAGAACUCCAUCAUGUGCUUUGAAUAAUGGUUUUUUUUUUUUUUUUGUGAGGAAGAUCAGCCCUGACCUAACAUCUGCCAAUCCUCCUCUUUUUAUUGAGGAAGACUGGCUCUGGGCUAACAUCCAUGCCCAUUUUCCUCCACUUUCUAUGGGAUGCCGCCACAGCAUGGCUUGCCAAGCGGUGUGUCGCUGCGCACCUGGGAUCCGAACCGGCGAACCCCGGGCCGCUACAGCGGAGCACGCGCACUUAACCGCUUGCGCCACCAGGCUGGCCCCAAAUAAUGGUUUUCUAAGGCCUUCUCUCUAGAUUGUCUAGAUUCAUUGGACCGUCUCUAGUCACAACUUGGAGGGCUAGCCAUAGACAUUAUCAAAGAUUAUUCAUUUUGUGCUCAAUGUACAAAAGGUCUCUCACCCAUUUUUACAUCCAGGAAGCUGGUUGAGUGUCUCCUGGUUAGAGGAGCUCAUAAACAGUCAACAUUUAGUGUUUUAAGCAGUAUUAGGAAUCUAUCUUGUCUCGAAUGAAAGUAAAGUCUUUCCAAGGUUAUCUUCAGCUUAAUGUGAACAGAUCUCAAUUAUCUUUUCAAACAUAAAAACCAAUCUCUCCCUUUCAGGCCCAAUGACAAAGUAACUCCACCAACAAUUAGAUAAAAAAUUCAUACAUGAAUGUUCAUAAUAUUCUCAAGAUUCACAAAAUAGAAUUAUCUAGGGUAGGAUAGAAUGCUAGAAAUUUUUUCUGAUUUUUGAAAAUGAAUAUAAAAUGUAUAAAUACUAUGGCAUAAGGAAUAGGGGCAAGUUCUUUCUGAGCAUUAUUAUUUGCUGAGGAAAGGAAGCAUGAUUUCUUUGCGUAAUAUUUGCAAACACAUGUACCACUGAGUGUCACUUUGUCAGUCUGUGACAAUAGUGAAAGGCCAUGGCUGGGAUGACAGGAGGGUGGCAACUCCCUUCCUCGAAGGCAGCUCCCUGGAAAAUGCCUUAGGCUAAGGUUUCUCCAGAGGCUACCCUUGGGCAUGUAAGAGCUUCUUACCUAUUCUCUAUCAGGAAGGACAUGCAUUUUCUACUUCUCUCAAAAAUUCUUAUUAACAAGCAGGACAGACCCUAGUCAGAAUUAUACAAAAGAGAAAGAAUCCAUCACUAUCCAGCUAUUUUCCUCAUCUACUGAGUCCCUCCUACCUCAGGAACUCAGCCCCAUAAGCUUUUUUCUUUUUUUUUUUUUUUUGAGGAAGACCAGCCCUGAGCUAACAUCUAUUGCCAAUCCUCCUCCUUUUUUCCCCCAAAGCCCCAGUAGAUAGUUGUAUGUCAUAGUUGUACAUCCUUCUAGUUGCUGUAUGUGGGACGCGGCCUCAGCAUGGCCGGAGAAGUGGUGCGUUGGUGCGCGCCCGGGAUCCGAACCUGGGCCGCCAGUAGCGGAGCGCGAGCAGUUAACCGCUAAGCCACGGGGCUGGCCCCAUAAGCUUUUUUCUUUCUCUCUUCCUCCUCCUUAGUCAAAACAUGUCCAAGGCCACCUGUCUCUUUGUAGAGCAUAUGAUAUACUAAUUUAUCGUCAGAAUCAUUUGAAUAAAAAGCAUCUCUGAGUUCAAUGCCAGAACAACCUUGUGAGAGGAGAUUUCUUUGAAUGGGGCUUUCCGCUGGGCUGCUCAACACACACUUGUCACUCAGACUGAGUGGGUAUCAACUGCUUGGACGUUUUUGAGCACCUUUUAACUAUAGCCCUCCUGCCUACCUCAGUUCUUCUUAGUUCUCUAGAUCUGGGAAACCCCUGCUACAGCCUUCCCUGUAGGAAAGGCUACAAAAGACUAGAGCUCAGGGGGAAAAAUGUUUCUAAGAGGAGUUGGCCAGACCUUGUGGAAUACAAGGCUAGCAGAGAGGAGAGAACUCUUUAGCAACCCACUGAAGGAGAAUUUGGCUAUCAGAGUUAGGGAAAUAAAAAAUCUGUAAAAUAUUAACAUUUUCAAGGUAAGAGUGAGCUUAGAGAGAGCCCCCAGUCCAAUAUCUUCACUUUGUAGAGUAGCAAACAGGGAUCCUAUGAAGGUAAGAACACUGCCCUUGGUUUCUCAGAAGCAGCUGCCAGCACCCAGGUCUUCACCCUAGCUGCCCAAAGCCUGUAAUUGUAUGCAGGAAUUUGGCACAUUAUUUUCUAAAGGCAUUUACUUUCCUAUUUCAAAAAGGAAAAUCAGGCUUAUAAAUGCUUUCCAUAUCGACAUCUUUUAAUUUCUACAAUUAUGGCCUGGAACGUAUUGUCCAGUAUUCAGUCAGGCUAUUAUGGGACUGAUCCAUUCAGGCUUGGGUUUUCUUUUGACUCCGUAAAAGUUACAUUGGCUUUUAAAACAUUUACUUAACUUUCAUGACAGCUAGGAGAAGUCAGCUUGAAAGUCCAUAGGCACAUGCAAUAAAUGUUUCUCGUGAUGCAGCCAUUUUUUAGAAAUAUACUUAUUCUAUUUGGCUAGUAAAAGGAAAAAAAAAAUCUAGGCAGGAAGGUGCCUUACUGUCUGUGCUUCUAAGUUGCAGCCCGAGGGUAGCAGUAGUGUAUACCCCAACCUGUUUUACUGGUUUACUGUGCAUGUUUACUUUCUGUGGUGGAAAAAAUAUCUCUGCAUUCAUCGUUCUAAAUCUUGCCUGUGAGUGCCUUGAAAUCUUGCUAAAACUCCAAAGAGGACUAACCAGUUUGUGACUCUUCCUCCCCAGCUUAUAGAACUUUAACAGCAGUUUCAAUUAAGAGAAGUGCAAGGAGCUCUUGUUCCAGGAGGAAGGAUUUCGCUUGCUCUUAGUGAUAGGUUGGAACACUUGAAGGCCUGAGAUAUUUUGAUGUUGAAAUUUAGAUAUUGAGGUAACAGGGCGUUUUGGAGUUGAAACUUCCCGAAUCUCUGCUGGAGAGGUCUUUUAAUCUGAGGACAAAAUCAAGCACGCUUGGAGGAGGUAAAAUUGCAGAGAAUGUCAAGGCAUGAAAUCCCAGGUAAAAAGAUGGCCUAUCAGAAGGUCAAUGCAGAUCAAAGAGCUCCAGGACAUUCACAGUACUUAGACAAUGAUGACCUUCAAGCCACUGCCCUUGACUUAGAGUGGGACAUGGAGAAGGAAUUGGAGGAGCCUGGUUUUGACCAGUUUCGGCUAGAUAGUGCUGAGAAUCAGAACCUGGAGAAUUCAGAGACUGCAGACCUCAAUCUUGAUUCCAUUCAACCAGCAACUUCACCCAAAGGAAGGUUCCAGAGACUUCAAGAAGAGUCUGACUAUGUUGCCCAUUAUACAAGAUCUGCACCAAAGAGCAACCCCUGCAACUUUUGCUGUCUUUCAAAAAUGCUUUGCACAGCCAUCAUUUUAUUUAUUUUUGGAAUUUUGAUAGGCUAUUAUGCACGUAAAAAUUGCCCUUCAAAUGCUUCGUCAUCAGGAACACUUGAUCUUCAGUUAUACCAAGAGAUUCUCAAGACAAUCCAAGCAGAAGAUAUUAAGAACUCUUUCAGAAGUUUUGUACAACUGUAUAAAAGUGAAGAUGACACAGAAAUUUCAAAGAAGAUUAAGACUCAGUGGACUUCUUUGGGCCUAGAAGAUGUACAGUUUGUAAAUUACUCUGUGCUGCUUAACCUGCCAGGCCCUUCUCCCAGCUCUGUGACUCUGAGCAGCAGCGGCCAAUGCUUUCACCCUAAUGGCCAGCCCUGCAGCGAAGAAGCCAGAAAACACAGCAGCCAAGAUCUGAUCUACUCAUACGCAGCCUAUUCUGCCAAAGGAGCUCUAGAGGCUGAAGUCAUUGAUGUGAGUUAUGGAAAUGCAGAUGAUUUAAAAAGGAUUAAAAAAAUGAAAAAUACAACGAAUCAGAUUGCAUUCCUGAAAUUAGGAAAACUGCCACUACUUUAUAAGCUUUCCUUAUUGGAAAAGGCUGGAUUUGGAGGUGUUCUUCUGUAUAUUGAUCCUUGUGAUUUACCAAAGACUGCUAAUCUUAGCCAUGAUACCUUCAUGGUAUCACUGAAUCCAGGAGGAGACCCUUCUACACCUGGUUAUCCAAGUGUUGAUGGAAGCUUUAGGCAAAACCGAUCAAACCUCACCUCCCUCCUUGUGCAGCCCAUCUCGGCAUCUCUCGUUGCAAAACUGAUGUCUUCGCCGAAAGAUAGAACCAAAAAUGGCGUCUGUAGCCCUCUAGAACUUCCAAAUAAUGAAGAAAGAAUGGUCAACUUGCAAGUUCAGACAGUCACAAAAUUCAAAACAGUUACUAAUGUUGUUGGAUAUUUAAAGGGCUUGACUUCUCCAGACCGGUAUGUCAUAGUUGGCAGCCACCAUCACACUGCACACAGUUAUAAUGGACAAGAAUGGGCCAGCAGCACUGCCAUUAUCACAGCUUUCAUCCAAGCCUUGAUGUUAAGAGUUAAGAGAGGGUGGAGACCAGACCGCACUAUUGUCUUCUGUUCCUGGGGAGGAACAGCUUUUGGCAAUAUUGGCUCAUACGAAUGGGGAGAGGAAUUCAAGAAGGUUCUGCAGAGAAAUGUUGUGGCUUAUGUUAGUCUCCAUAGUCCCAUAAGGGGUAACGCGAGUCUGUAUUCUGUAGCUUCACCGUCUCUUCAGCAACUGGUAGCAGAGAAAAAUAAUUUCAACUGUUCCAGAAGAUCUCAGUGCCCAGAAACCAAUGUCAGUUCUGUACAGAUACAAGGUGAUGCCGAUUAUUUCAUCAACCAUCUUGGAGUUCCCACCGUGCAGUUUGCUUAUGAGGACAUCAAAGCAUUAGAGGGUCCAAGUUUUCUCUCCGAGGCCCUUUUUCUUAAACAUGCAACAAAAAUUGAAGAAAUGGAUCCUUUUUUCAACCUUCAUGAAACAAUUACCAAGCUCUCAGGAGAAGUGAUUUUGCAAAUUGCCAACGAACCAGUUCUGCCCUUUAAUGCUCUCGAUAUAGCUUUAGAAGUUCAAAACAACCUUAAAGGUGAUCAACCCAACACUCAUCAGCUGCUGGCCCUGGCCUCACGCCUGCGGGAGAGUGCGGAACUCUUUCAGUCAGAUGAGAUGCGUCCUGCUAAUGACCCCAAGGAGAGAGCUCCCAUCCGUGUCCGAAUGCUGAAUGACAUUCUCCAAGACAUGGAGAAAAGCUUCCUGGUGCAGCGGCUGCCACCGGGUUUUUAUAGAAAUAUCCUAUACCACCUUGAUGAGAAGAAAAGCCAGUUUUCAAUACUCCUGGAGGCUUCGGAACACUGCAAGUCACUUCCAUCAAAUGAGACCCUUCAAGAAGCCCUGUCAGAGGUGUUGAACAGCAUUAAUUCAGCUCAGGUUUACUUCAAAGCAGGACUUGAUGUGUUCGAGAGUGUCUUGGUUGGAAAGAACUGAGACAACUCUCAACAUUUUAAAAAGUUUGUUUACAAUUCCUUAAGCAAAAGCUCUAAUAUAACCAGAUUUUCUGAGAUUGAAGACUCCCCCCCAUGGCUUUUUAUACAAGUCUAAAGCUAUUAUUACAUUGUAUUUUUUAAUGUACAUAUGAAAAGAGCAUUUUGCACAUUUAAUAUUUUUCUUAUAUAUAAUUUCUGAAUAUGUAAAAGCAAGUUAUUGAAAUAAUACUUAAGAUUUAUCUAUUAAAAAGAAAUCUGCUGUAUUUUUAUAUAUAUAAAAUAUUUUGGGGGAAAAGUUCCAAGAAUUUCUGGACAAUCUUCACUCCUAUGGAUAAAACACAUAGGAACAGAAGUUAUUCCCUGUGUUAGAGCUGUUAAUGACCUAAUUUCUGUAAUGGAAAUGGAGAGUUAAUGUGGUUUCAGAUUAACUUCACUAUUAAGUAUUCAAUAUGAAGAAUUCAAGUAUUCUGACCAAGUGAUUGGUUGACCAAAACCACUUUGAAUGUUUCUAUUUUACGAAAUGAAGUGCCUGUUCGUAACACAACUAGAUGUAGUAAUACACUGGUUCUGAAAUUGUUUUUUUUUUUUUAAGUGUUAAUGAAAAAAAAGAGCCAUAAACAUUCCAGGGGAAAAUCUCCAGGUAGCUGCACAGAGCAAUUUAAAUGCAAAUUUUUUCCUAACAACUUAUAAGGUGACUAGCUUUGAAACCUCUAAUUUGCCUCAGUUGAUUUUGUAAAAAAUUCAGGAGUGAUGUAUGUCUUAUGAGGGACAAACUAUUUCUUAUUUCUUCUUCUGUUGUUUCUGUUGGAAGCACUGAAACCUAACUACUCGAAAUGAAAGCAUCUCACAUUCCUCUUCCUUCUUGUAUCUUUUCUGCAACUCGUUGCUGUAAGGCAGUUUUCACAGAAUACCAUAUAAUUUCCACAGGAAAGUAACAAAGUUUCUUUUUGAAAACCCAAAAUAUCUUUAAAAGCAUCAAAUUGCUAUUUCUGCCACUGACAAAAAGGACUUACUAUGAAAGAAACAGUUGUUUUGAUCAAUAAAAAUUUCCUUAAUUCUGUAAAGAAACUUUUGAUAUUUUUUCCUUCUUUAUCCUUGAUUGUAAUGAAGUUGAAAACAUAGAAAAUAUUCGUGCAGAAUUUUUUGCAGAAAAUACAGUGUUACUAUAAGACUGUGUCUUUCCCAUGCUUCAAUUCCUCUCUUGUGGGAAAUGAAGUUUUUCAUAACGAUAUUGUCAUUGAAUGGCCCUAGCAUCCACUAUUCCCUACAACCCUAGAACUCUAUUAGGUGAUAGUUUAAACUUUUAGCUUACCUUUAGAAACAUUCUUCUGGUAUUGAAUAAAGCAAUUCCUCUCAGGAAACAUAUCUUCAGAAUAUUUCAUGUGAAUUUUCUCUACCUAACACAACAUGCAAAUGCAUUUCCCCCAUUACACACCACUAAAGCAACAUUACAGACAGUGCCUGUAUGUCUAAGAAAGUCUUCACUUUUUAUGGAUGAGCAUAAACCUAAUCUUAGUUUAAAGGAAAGCUAAAGUUGAGGGGAAAGAAUUAAUCAGUAUUGAUUAAUUGAUUUAUAAGGGUCAGCUGUUCCUACCAUAAGUAAUGUUUAUACGCUCAAGGCAAAGAAGAGAAUUGAGGCAAUUAGCUAGAUAAUUCAAGCAGAAAUCCAUUUUCAUCUGAAUUGCCUGUGUGCACAUAUUUUUACAUGAGAAAUGAAACUACCUUACAAUUUUUUUUUAAACCAAUGUACUUGUUUGAAAAUAUUUGCACGUUGAGGAGCGUCUACAGGAAAGAGCUAAAGGGAUCAGGCUCCUGCGCACCUCAGCGUCAGUGCCCUCUGCUGCUCCACAGAAAUCAACAACAGAAAAGAGGUGGGAACACAAGUGAGGCACGAAUCAUAGAAUGCUUUAUACCAAAGGAUCUUAAAUAUUUAAUCAAGCUUCAAUGUGUUCAUUCUAGUUCUUCAUUUGGAGUUGAAUUUAAAACAAACAAAAACAAGUAAUUAUAAGUUUGGUAGUUUAUCAUCUUAGAGCAAAAUCCUAAGUAAAUUCACUCUCUUAGUCUGUAAGAGCAUUGAGAGCACAAAAUAUAUUUGUACUUUUUGUUCAAAGGUUGUGUGCCUAGGUAAACCACAUUGCACAGAUGAAAAUCUCAAUAUUAUGUAUUCUUCACCUCUAAAUUAACAUGCUAUUUGAAAACUGAAGUUAACCAUGGACUAACAUGUUUUUAUUAGUCUAUUUAAGAGAUUAUGUGAAGAAGCUAAAUUAUAGUUCAAACAGAUGUCCACCAAUUCUAUAGAUGCUGCUUUAUAUCUUUGACUGCAACAAACCCCUUAACUAGGAAUAUUACUGCUAUGGUAUGGGUU